AUGAAAACCCUGAGUAUCUUAGUUGUAGAGGAUAGAGCACCUGCAGGAUCAAAUCUCAACACAGCAGAACCUCACUACCUGAAGCUGAGGAAUUGCGUUGAACUGAUAUGUAAUGAGCUUAUGGUUUAUAGUCUGAAUCUUAAGUACGCUAUACCCGUGAGACUCGGACACGAUUACAACGAGCCUUACUAUUCAGUACCUGCUCAGUGGGCACUAUACCUUUCGUCCAAUGAAGGUACAAAUGUAUUAUUGCCACUUUCAUUAUCAGUUCGAGGUCCAAAAAUAAACAAUGGGAAAUUGCCGAUAUCUUGUACCUCAAAUUGGAGGCCAUGUUCCAAAAGUUCAGGCUAUUACCGGUACUUCACGUGGCAGAUGUUGAAAUGCUUUUCUGUCAUGAUCCCGGCGAGUGGAGGCCACGCCGCUUUAACCCUGCUUGGAUACUCUAUGAUACUCCACUACAUGCAACAAGGUCAGGCGACUGCUUCAGCAGAGUAUGCGGGUGAUAUACGAGUGUUUACAUGGUUAUUGAGAAAGCCUUGCAAACUCGUUCGCCUGCAAGAUUUUACCUUGACUCACACAGGGACUGAGUCAGAAAAACAGUGUGAGCUUACGCGGAGCAUGAUCAGAAUAUUCUCCGAAAGAAGCAAAGAGCUGUCGUCUGAAGCCACCUCUUAUCCUGCUACCAGCGAGACUGGGGGCGACGAAGUUAGAGGUAUUGGAGAAGAUGAAGGAACUGCAUUUUGUAGUACUGAUAACAGGCUACAGUCCGCUGGGAUGAAGGGGUUCAAGGUAAAAGGAGAGCCGGAAGAGAAGAAUGAGCCAAAUACUCGCCGUGAAUACUCGAGUACGUCUCUAAUUUGGAAGAGUUACAAAGAACAAUUACAAAGGGGACUUUACAGGGUGAAUGAUAUGCCCAAGUGCUGUUUUAUGUCAUGCCCAAGACCACAGGAUGCGUUUUCGAAGUACUGUGAUGCACACUCUACAGCACUGAUUGAAUAUGUUGCGACGCACAAAAGCUGGCUCCCAACCACUGUCGAGUGGACGUCAUGCCCUACUCCAGACACGAGAAUUGAGCUGCAGCUUCUGAAGGCUUGGCACUCCCACAGUCCUGAAGAUGUCUGGAUUGUUGAUUUCGAAUUUGUUACUGUUGGUGGUACGGCCUCUCCUAUCCCAGUUCAGCUGGCAAUAAGGCAGAUAGACGGAGUUCUUCUUCUGGAGACCAAUGUUGACUAUUGCCUAUCAUUCGAUGAAUUCAGUGAUAAUAUUGGUCCACUGCGAACGGAGAGGUACCUCGUACCGCAAAUCCUUCAGAGGUGUUAUGGUUCCGGACCACGCACUAAUGGCCUCGCACCUACCGAAAUCUGAGCAAGGAUCUAUGAUCUGGGCUAUGAUCCCGGAAAGACGAAGAUCCUUUCCUGGUUCUCGGUUCAGGAUAUGCAAUGCUUUCAGAGGAUACUCCUCCAAGGAAAUGAUGUCAUAGUGCCCAAGGAAGGUCAUCAAACAUGCAAGAACUUUCAAGAGGUAGAUCUCGGCAUGCUCUGCAAAAAGUUACUUCCGCAUAGCUGGCCAUCGUUGAAAUUGGUGACCGUUCAUGGGAGUAUCAUGGCCAAGAAAGGACAAAGGGUAGACUCAGACUUGUACCAUAAUGCAAGUGGCGACACUGCGGCUGUGGUA